GCAACAACAAUAAUCGCAUGGAGACUUGUUAAAAAUCUGUUGGUUUGCCAUUAUUUUCAACUCACUCGUACAGUUGCUCCAGAAUUAAUACAAAAAAAUGGACGGAGAAGGUCUUCAUCUGAAUAUCGAUUAUGUCGGAAGCAGUGGUAUUAUUUUGAGUCCAGAACAAAAGGCAGCUUUACAAACGUCACUUAUUAUUUUACAAAAUGAAAACAAAUUUAACACAAUUUAUUUUUGGGGCAAAAUUUGUGGAAUUAAAGAUGACUACUACAUAGCUCAAGGUGUUGGUCGAAAUGAGUUUGAAGGAAGAAAGACAUUUUACAGCAAAGAUUGUAUUCACUGGGGUUUAUUACCACCAGCAACUAAAGCAGUACGAGAUCAGAGUAGACUAGCUAAGGGGAGGUUUACUGGUGAUCCUUCUUAUGAAUAUGAACAUGUUGAAACAAAGAAAAUUGGUGAAGGUGAAGAUGCUACUGAAGAAGAAGAAACAAUUAUGAUUAAAGAAGAAAAUAGAUUAACAUCUGUUAUAGCUGAUAUUGAUGAAGAUGUUAGAAUUGUACCACGAGCAGCUUACGUUAAAACACCAACAGGAAAUGUUAUUAGCAACAGAAGUUUCGAAGGUCUUUCAGUAUCUGAAUCAGCAAAGUUAAGUAGUUAUUUACAUUUCCGUGAGGCAAAACUACUUCUAGAAAAACCUUUGUUAGACAGGGCCAACUUAGAUAAGGCUUUGGAUUUUAUGGACUGUAUAGAAGAAGAUAUUCCUCGAGGAUCAUGGAGUUGUCAGUUUGAAAGAGGAAGUGGUCUACUGACAUUAAGAAGUUUAUUGUGGCAAGGAUACACAUUUUUCCAUGUCCCUGGAUCCCGAAGAUUUGGCUCAGUAUAUUUUGGUUCAGGAGAGAAAAACCUAGAUUUACCAUUCAUGUUAUAAAUAAAUUAUUUGUAGAACUUGAAAGUGGUGAAAAUUGAGUCUAUAUCAAAUACUUAUUUCAUUGUUUUUACUGUACAAAAAUAUCAUUCUAUAUAGCAUUGAAGGAAUUCAGCUGGGCUUGAUGUCAAGAAAAUGCAAUAGGCAGCAUAAUACUAAAACAAGACUAUUAUAAUUUUAUAAGGGGGUUAAUUUAGGGGUUGGACUGUAAAACUAGGUGUAUCAUUCAAACUCUUGCUACUGAUUUUAUUUAUUAUUCAUGAAUUGUAUAAAUAAAACAUAUUUAUUCAUUGUUUUUAGUUUUUUACAAAUUUACUAUUAUUAAACAAAGCAAUUUUUAGAUAAAUAAUUCUUUAGGAUGAUAAAGAAUUUCAACCCCUUUGAUAGAAAUAAGAUUACACAUAAGCAGAUAAGGUCUGUUAUCAAAAUAGCUUUCCAAGUUUUUAGAGCUCAAUUUAAGCUGUUAAUAGAACAUUUGAACUUGAGCUCUGAACAAAGGAAGCAAAUAUUUGAAUGAUUUUCCAUUGCAGCUUUAUUUUUUAAUUAGUUCUAGUGACAGUAUAUGAAGCUCUCUCUGGGUCAAUAUUGGCCAUAGACCCAUUAUUCAGUGUGCCAGGUCUUGCUGUCAGAGAUGCAGUGUACAUGAUCAUAAUGAAUGGAUGGACAAUUUCCUUAUUGCAAGUGUAAAAAUGGUGAAUUCUAUCAACAUAUAUCUGCAGUAUAUCAUAUAUUACAGUCUAUAAAUGGUUGAAAUCUAAACACAGAAUUUUCUGUCCAUGACAUCAUUGUUCAAUACAGUUUUUUCUCCACAUAUAUAGUAUCAUGAUAAUGCACAUUAUAUCUCCUCCAUUUAAAUUGACUGCGAAGUGGUCUGUCUUUGUGAGAUACAUGUUUUAAAUCAGGUCGGAAUGGUGAUAAUAAACCUGCUAUUUGUGCUUUUCUUACUAAUUCUAAGAGAUUUUUCUGUUGUGAUGGACAAACUUUUGUUAUUCUACGGGGUAAUAAAGAUCCAUCAGGUCUUAAAAACUGACUUAAUAUUAAAACAUCUGUAUAAUCUAUUUCCAUUCGUAAAGAACAUAUUGGACAAGAACCUUCAACUGUUUUAGGUAAAACUUUACCCUCUCUUGAAGAUAAUUCAUUUACACCAGAGAUCACUGUAACUUGACCCUGUUUUUCUUCCUUAACAGAUUUCAGGAAACGCUUUGAGGUAGAAGAUAUUGAUCUCGCUUCGGGAAUCGUUCUGUGCCAGACACGACCCUUCGGAGUAAUGUUUAAUAUACUUCUACAAAUUUUGAACAUUUUCACCCCAAGACAAGAGAAACAUCAACACGAUGGGUAAAUUGACC